UCGAAUCAUGUCAGUUAUUAGUCGAUCCAUCCAGGAUGUUCACCGGCGUCGAUGUCCCGUCACGAAACGUUGAGAUUAAAGCCCGUCUUUCGGAUGAGGAAUGCUUCCAGCGGAAGGUUGAUAUCGCCAAAAAGUUGACCGGUUCCAGCGGGGAAAUAAUCAAACAGCAUGAUGUGUUCUUCAACUCGCUGAAGGGGCGCUUGAAGCUGCGAUAUCUCGAGACCAAAAAAUCUGAGUUGAUCCUUUACUUUCGUGCCGACGAGGGUGGUCCCAAGCUGUCAACGUAUCACAAGAUUGAUUUGGAUGAACCAAAACAGAUGGAAGUUAUUCUAACCGAGAGCGUGGGAGUCAAAGGGGAGGUCAAAAAGCGUCGGUAUCUAUUCCUGCACGAACAGACACGGAUUCAUCUGGAUGAGGUGGAGGGCCUGGGGCACUUUUUGGAGUUCGAGGUGGUGCUGAAAUCGGAUCAGUGUGUCGAGGAAGGAACAGCUAUCGCCAACGAAAUGAUGAAGAUUUUUGAGAUAGAAGAGAAGGAUUUGAUUGUGGGGGCUUAUAUAGAUAAGUUGUUGAAAUAAAGAAGAGCAAACAUUUCACAUCUUAUCUUAUUCUAGC